AUGGGCGCUGUGCUACACCACUCAGAAAAAGUUUAUGAACAAUCCAGGAGGAUAGAGACUUCCCAGUUGGAACUUCAAGAAGACCAGUUAAAGCUGAGAAGAAGUUGGGAGGAAGGGAUGGAAAUGCUUCACAAUUCCUACAAGAAUCUUGGCCAAGGGAUGGAUGGUUUAAGAGACGAAGCCAUUGACAUUAAGAAGGAGAUAACUAAAGUAGGAGAUGCCAUGUCUUUAUGGCGGGGGAGUAAGCUGCAACAGUUGGCUGAAUAUGGCCAUAGACAGCAAGAAGAGCUUCUUCAGCGACAGAAACACCUUCAACAAUUUCAUGAUCAUUUAAUGGAAAAUUCUCAGUCAAUCUUAGCAGCACAGCAAUCAUUUGAAUCAAGGCAAGCAAAUAUAUCCAUUGCAUUAGACAAGCUCUUCACCUUGUACAAUGCAAUGUUGCUGAAAUCUCGAUUAAUCAGAGUCUUCUUCAUUUACUUCACUUCAAUCUUUAUCAUCUACAUGUUUAGUAGCACCAAACAAACUUAUGCUCUUAGGCCCGGCUAUAUAUUGUUGGAGGUGCUUGAUAUAGAACAACAAACAUGGAUUGUAAACUUGGUUCGGACAGUCUUCCUGCUUCUUGCUUUUCUUCAGCUUCUUCAUGCUAUUUGCACAUACAGGGACUAUGAUGUUUUGAACCAUCACAUGCUACUAAUGUUGGUGGAAAAGAUCAAUGGGAUGCAGACAUCAAAUAAGUUAACUUGGGACAGUGAGAGUGAUAUGAGCUGGGCUUCGUGGAUUGACACUGAGUUAUCUAAAGAUAUUGAAGAUUCCGAAUAUGAUCUUCCAGAGGAAAUAGGGGAGAAUUCAAUUUCUACUACUUCAACAUCAAGAAAGUACAAUAUUCGCCAUCGAUCCCUCCGUUAG